AUGAUCACUCCUAUCCAGUAUUCAAGCCCCAAACAAAAAGGAUCGAAGAUGAAGAAGAUGAGUGUUCUUGUUGUGGUGUUGGUUCUGUGCCUGAUGGCCUCUGAUGUGGAGCAGAGCUUUGCUCAGAUCGACUGCCUCGAUGGUUGCACCACUGGCUGUGUUGGUUCAUAUAUAAACAAUCCGAGGCUUCGGUCACGAUGUGAUCGCAAAUGCCAGAUUAGAUGCGAUUCUCAAGUUGAGGAGAGUUUGCAUUGAGAGGCGAAGGAAACUGCGACCAAACCAUCAUUCAAUAAGCACAAAUAUAGUACGUAACGUUGGACAUUCGAGUCUAGUGCCAUAAGAGAGCAAGAGUAUAGCUUCACCCUAAUCAGACUUUCUAUAUAUGUUUUGUAUUGUACGUAGAAGCAAAUAAAUGUAACUGCAUUUUCACUUCUAAUUAUGUUCUCAAUGAAGUUACUAAACAAUCACGUACCGAUUUUCAUUCA